UUUGAUGGUGAUGAAGAUGAUGAUUCGGAUGAUGAUGAUUAUGAUGAUGAUGAUGAUGAAUUUGAUGUAGUUGUUGAUGAUUCGGAUAAAGAUGAUGAUGAUGAUGAUUCGGAUGAUGAUGAUGAUGAUGAUGUGGAUGAUGAUGAUGAUGAUGAUGAUGACCAUGAUGAUGAUGAUGAUGAUGAUGGUGAUGAUGAUGAUGAUGACGAUCAUGGCGAUGAUGAUGAUGAUGAUGAUGAUGAUGACGAUGAAGAUGAUGAUUCGGAUGAUGCGGUUGAAGACGAUGAUGGUGAUGAUACAGAUGAACCGGAUGAUGAGGUUAAUGAUGAUGAUUCGGAUGUUAAUUUUGAUGAUGAUGAUGAUGAUGAUGAUGACGAAGAUGAAGAUGAUGAUGACGAUGAUUCGAAAGUUCUGAUGAUGAUUCGGUAA